AUGUCGUCUGCGAUUGCUUGCGUCCUUAGCUCAAGCGACCUGCUCCGCGAGAUCUUUGGUUACCAGCUGGGCCUUCCGCCGCAGUACCGGGCGUCCAUUGCGCGCGUCGACGUCUCGUGGCUUGUACGACUAUUUGCGACGUCGUCCCAUCCGCGCAGCCCCGCUGUCGUCCACGCGCACCUCCAGUGGGCCGAUGAGCUCUGGGCGGUUUGCGCAACCUUUGACUGGACGUUUCUGCGCGACACCAAGCUGGCCUUGUGUCUCGGCCUUCUGGGUGGCAACAUCUCGGUCGUCGAGGCGCUUUUAACGACGAACCACAACUCCGUGCACAAUAUCCAGUGGCGCGUCGCUGCCAGCUUCGGACAUAUGCAUCUGCUGCAGUUCCUCGCUGAGCAUGACGCCAACCACUAUACGCCCGAGGUGUUGCACAACGCGGCGUUUAGCGGACAUGUCGACGGCGUUUGUUUCCUCCACGAAAUCGGCGCUGUCUUGGACUACGCCUCAUUUGCCCACGCCUGUGUGCAAAACCAUGUGGCCGUGGCCGAGUACCUCUGGCAAGAGGAGCCAGCGCUUCAUGUGCUGCCACCGUUUCUUGUGCAGCGUGUGGCCGAGAUGGGCCAUGUGCCCGUGUUGGUCUUCCUUUUCGAUCGUUUCGGCGGCGUUGGGUUCACGCACAGCGCGAUGGAGUCCGCGGCGCAGGAAGGACACCUCGAUGCUAUGCGCUUCAUACAAGAGCACAUAAGCAAUCCCAGCCACACGUACUCGAUGCACCUGUGCUUGUAUCUCGCGGCAGCCAAAAACCAUGUCGACGUCGUGGCCUACCUCGUUCAAGAAUUCCCCGAAAUGCCUGUAGCAACAGUCCUCCUCGACGCCGUCGCCAGUGGCUGCGCGGACGUCGCAUGUUACCUCGUGGCCCAGCGACCAACGGCGGUACCGCUUCGACGACUCCACCGCGAAGCAAAAAAGAGGAGUUUCUAG